AUGUGGCCCUCUGAAAGCUGUGGCCCUCAAUCUCUCUAACACAUCCCUGGGUAAGGCCUCCGGCUGCCGCCACUUGAAGAAUUACUGCUUUACAUUCGCGCAAGGUUCCUUAAGCAAUGCUAGCCUGUGAAUGACUUUCAGUGGAAUUCAAGAUGUCCUUAAAGAGGCUCAUUCAGCAGAACCGCAACGCCAACUGUGUGGGCUCAGUUUACACCCCGUACUUGGACCCAAUAGGUAACCCACCACUGGACAACAAAAGAAGCCAGGCAUUCACAAAUUCAAUAGACACGUUGUCUAGGGACUACAAGCAGCUUGCUUUAAGUAGGACAAUCUCUUCAGGUGACUCUGUUGGCCCUCAAAGAAAGUCAGUUAAAAUCUUCAAAGAAGAUAAUGAAACAUUUGGAUUUGAAAUUCAGACACUUCGAUUGCAGCGCCACAUCAGCCACUCCUUGGAAACUUGCACGUACAUCUGCAAAGUUAAAGGAGGAAGCCCUGCCUCUCUUGCCGGACUCCAAAGUGGUUAUAUUUUGACCAACAUCAACGGAAUGAGCACCGAAGGACUUGCUCAUAAGCAAAUGGUGGACUUGAUCAAGUCAUCAGGGAACUUUUUGAGGUUAGAUACUGUGAAUGAGUCCUUUAUAAUGAAGCGGAUGGAACUGGAAACUAAGCUGCGGUUCUUGAAGAAAACCCUGCAAGAAAAAUUGCUGGAGUUCCAGUCACUGUGCUUACGAGAACACCACCUGGCUAAUGGGGAAAUGUGCUCACCACUUGAAUUUGUGGGACUGGAAGAAUCUAACUUAUUUGGUGAUUACGCUGGAUCAGGGUCAGCUUUGGCCAACAAACCCCGAUUUCCCAGCGAAAGCAGCUGUUUAAGCCGCCUGAGCUCAAUGACUGUGGACAGUGAGGACAGCUUCUACCAAGCCUACGAUUCAGAGGAUCCUGCUAGUGGGACUUUUAGCUGGCAGUCGAGCACAGAAGACGACUGCUUCCUCUCGAGGGACAGUGAUGUUGCCUUUGUUAAGAGUUCCCUGAGAAGGCACAGAAGCAUCAGUGUGACAAGCAGCGGGUCAGCGUCUCCCUCUUGGGAUGGAAGCAACGUCUCGAACAUAUUUGGGACUCUCCCGCGGAAAAGCCGGAAGGGAAGUGUUCGGAAGAGGCUGCUGAAAUUCAUCCCUGGACUCUACCGAGCUGUAGAAGAGGAAGAAAGUCGUGUCUGACGACUUGAAGUGGGCUAGGUACUGCAUCCUUCAGUGAAUAUCUGGGCAACAACCUGCAGCUUUCAAACUCUGAACUCUCUAAAGCAGGGGUGCCCAAACUUUUUCCAAAGAGUCAGGUUUGAUGAAGUGAACAUGCGUGAGGGCUGACCAAAGUUCUUGAGCUUUGUUUAGGGUUGAGGUUGUUGAGCUUUUAGGAUUUCCCCCCGGGACAUAUACUGCCACUGGGGCCUGUUUAAAUCAACCGGUAGGCUGGAUUAGGCCCCUGAAAUGCUCUAAAGGAAGAAAGGAAGGAUAGACAAUGGAGGAGCAAAAUAUAGCAAUGAACAAGGCUGCAAUUCUGAGCACGUUUAAAGGUAAAGGGACCCCUGACCAUUAGGUCCAGUCGUGGACGAGUCGGGUUGCGGCGCUCAUCUCGCUUUAUUGGCUGAGAGAGCCGGCG